AUGGUUGCUGCCGCUGUCCGGAUGCGCACCCCGAGUGCCAUGCUCAUGGCGCGAGGCGCCGCCCCUAUGCGCCGCCCUCAGGUCUCCUAUAAGUUCCAAGAGGUGAUUAAGUCUCAAUUGCCCGCGAUCUCUGCGAUCUCCCGCUUCUAUGCCUCCAAGUCUUUCCCCCCUCAUACCCUCAUUACUAUGCCUGCACUGUCCCCGACUAUGUUGGCAGGAGGUAUUGGUGCUUGGAACAAGAAGGCUGGUGACAGUCUCCAGCCCGGUGAUGUCCUUGUUGAGAUCGAGACCGAUAAGGCACAAAUGGACUUUGAGUUCCAAGAGGAGGGUAUCCUCGCUAAGGUUCUGAUCGAGACUGGCGAGAAGGAUGUCCCCGUUGGCGCUCCCAUUGCCGUCCUCGUUGAUACCGAUGCCGAUGUUUCUGCUUUCGAGUCCUUCAGCCUCUCCGAUGCCGGUGGCGAGCAGGAUGUUCAGCACCAGAAGGAAGAGGAGCCCAAGAAGGCCGCUACUCCAGCCCCGGCCGCUGAGACCUCUGAGGCCUAUGAGCCCGAAGACACCAGCGACCACCUCCAGCCCAGCUUGGACCGCGAGGCUGCCAUCAGCCCCGCCGCCAAGGCCCUUGCUCUGGAGAAGGGUGUCCCCAUCAAGGCCCUGAAGGGUACUGGUCGCGGUGGCCAGAUCACCAAGGAGGAUGUCGAGAAGUACCAGCCGACCGCUUCUGCUGCUGCCCCUACCUACGAGGACAUUCCCGCCAGCUCUAUGCGCAAGGUCAUUGCCAGCCGCCUCAAGCAGUCCCUGGCCGACAACCCCCACUACUUCGUGUCCACCACCCUGUCUGUGACCAAGCUCCAGAAGCUGCGCCAGGCCCUGAACGCCUCCUCCGGCGGCAAGUACAAGUUGUCUGUCAACGACUUCCUCGUCAAGGCCUGCGCUGCUGCUCUUCUCAAGGUUCCCCAGGUCAACUCCAGCUGGCUCGAGGUUGACGGCCAGACCGUCAUUCGCCAGCACAGCACCGCCGACAUCAGCGUUGCCGUCGCCACCCCCACUGGCCUGAUCACCCCUGUUGUCAAGAACGUCCAGGGUCUUGGUCUUUCCAGCAUCUCCAACCAGAUCCGCGAGCUCGGCAAGCGCGCUAAGGAGAACAAGCUUAAGCCUGAGGAGUACCAGGGCGGUACCUUCACCAUCAGCAACUUGGGCAUGAACCCCGCCGUUGAGCGCUUCACUGCCGUCAUCAAUCCUCCUCAGGCCGGUAUCCUGGCCGUCGGCACCAUCCGCAAGGUCGCUGUCCCCGUCGAGACCGAGGAGGGCACCAUCACUGAGUGGGACGACCAGAUCAUUGUCACCGGCAGCUUCGACCACAAGGUUGUGGACGGUGCCGUUGGUGGUGAGUGGAUCCGUGAGCUGAAGCAGGUUGUUGAGAACCCGCUCGAGCUUUUGCUGUAG